CCGCCUGCUCAUUCAUGUCAAGAGCACCCCUUAUCUUUGGCGCGAGUAAUAUCGCGACUAUCUCCGAGUUACGCCUGCCAUGGUCAGUUAGUGCGCGCCGGCGCCGAGGAGGUGAGGUGUUUGCUCCCUCCGCCAGCGCCCCAAAACCAAAACAGUGCCUUGGUCUCACCACCCUACUCUACCCUCCUCCAGCCGGGACGCACCUCGCCACGAUGCCUGUCAUCCUGCGCAUCAGCUUCGACCGACCGUACGCCGCGUACUACGGCGGGGAGACGGUGACUGGGCGGGUCGACAUGCAAGUUGACAAGCCAACACAAAUCAGAGCCGUGACGAUCACCUUCCGAGGCGAGGCCAGCGUGCACUGGACCGAGACCAAGUCCAAAAGCAGCGGCACCGGCAGCUCAACCGAAACAGUCACAUACUCGGCGAGUGAGAUCUACUUCAGCAACAAGGUCUACUUUGUGGGCGGCGACUCGGGCGAUAUCACCCUCAGUCCCGGGGACUACGUGUACGCCUUCCAGUGCCUCCUGCCGCCCACGCUGCCCAACUCCUUCGAGGGCGUGCACGGCCACAUCCGGUACACGACCAAGGCGGUCGUACACCGGCCGUGGAAGUUCGACCACGGGGCCCGGGCGGCGUUCACCGUGGUUGCACCCCUAGACCUGAACAUGUACCCGCAAGCCAGGGCGCCAAUCGAAAGGGAGCAGAGCAAACACUUUUGCUGUCUAUGGUGCAAGUCAGGCCCCCUUACCAUGAGCGUCAGAGUGCCACACGGAGGCUACGUCCCUGGACAAACCAUCCUCCUUCAGAUCCAGAUCGACAACGCAAGCACAACUAAUGUGCGAAAUUUACGAGGCACCCUGAACCAGGUCGUGAGGUGGAACGCCACCUCCAAGACGAAGGUGACGGAGGGGAGGAUGGUGGACCUGGUGUUCGACAGGGAGGUGAAGGCCAACGACUCAAAGGUCUUCUCGCAGAUGAUCAACGUACCGCCUGUGCCUCCGUCAAACCUCAACAACUGCAGGAUCAUUGACUUGGAAUACCUCCUGACGGUUACGGCUAGAGUCGGUGGCGCCCACCUGAACCUGGAGAUCAAGGCCCCCCUCCUGAUCGGCACGUUCCCGGUGGUAAUAGCGGAUCUCUCUCCAGCCUACCCGUACCCGGGCGGGCCGAGCCCGAGUGCUCCGCCGGGCAGCCCCUCACCCGACCUCCCCCCCCCAAGUUACGAGGAGUGUUUCUUCAAGGGAAACAGCAUUAUGGACGCAAAGGAUGGCGACAACGAGUACACCAUGGGGAUCCACAACUUCACCCCCCGGUAUCCGGUGUGGAACCUGAUCAGCCCGCCACAAAUUCUAGACUAGAUAUUAUGAGGCGAUGGUUUAUGUAAAUAAAAGUGCCUACAUACGGGUCGGUGUCGAUACCGGGUGUAACAGAGGA